AUGGGGGGUUCUUUAUCUUUCUACUUCUUCGCUGUCUGUGUACUGCUGGGAGAAGGAAUUUUUGAUCAAGGUGUUGCUGUGGUGGCGGCCUCUAGCGGUAACGAUGUGCAGGUGCAGCCCACCCGCUCCAGUGUAACGGUAGAAGUCGGCCAAACAGCACGACUGUCUUUCAGCAUCAGCACAGACGUACACAAUGCCGAAAAUCUCAGAGCUACAGUUUGGUCGGAGGACAGAGAGAGCUACUGUGAAACGACGACCCCAAAUGGAGUCGUUGGCUGUGUAAAUAUGUUCCAUAACAGAGCUAACAUGACGAUAUGGUGGUCGGAGGACUCUUCAAUUGGAGGCCUGACGUUUGAACUUGUAAAUGUGACCAACAGUAUGUCUAUAGAGACUGAGAUACGAUUCUAUGGCGAGGGCUACGGAAAUGCAAGGGUUUACGUCAAUGUAACAGAGGCCAAAUCCGACCCAGACGUAGAGAACGCCAGAAAACUGCAAGGCACGGAUACUACAACUGUUUGUCUCGCAGUCUUCCUCACAUUGGCGCUAGUCGUGGCAGUUGUCUUCUCUGUGAUGUGGGUAAUAACCAAGCGGAAUUACGACGAAUUAAAACGGAAAUGCGACAAGUACAAGGAUGACUUAACAACGCUACCCAGCACAAGUAAGACCAGCAAAGUGUAGCUGUGGACAACACACAUCUAGGCUGCCACUAUCACAGGAGUACUUUCAGGAGUUUCGAUUUACAAAUGGAAUCACUCAGUCCUCUUCAGUCGUCUGACCCAAACGCUUUAGACACGUGACAUGAACAUGUGACCUGUCGCGAGUGUGACGACAACAGUGGAUGAAAGGUCGUUGGAAGUCCAGAAAAAAAGCCCCCGCGGCCUAAAAAUGCUAUUGGACCACCUUUACAUUUAGGUUCACAAUGCAUUCAUAUGUGUGACAUCCAAUACGCCUUAUCUUGACAACACUGUACUUUUCUUCCGUCGCGUAUAAAAUGUCACGAUCAUUUAGGCGGUGCAUUUUCCAGCUGAACACCUGACGUUAUUGCCCUGAUUUCACUCCCAUUAGGGUAGAUUUACGGGCUAGACGGACAAACAUCCGUUCUCAUUAUCAGGUACUGUAAAAGCGGAAAUGUUCGCGAUGGUUUUAUGUUCACGGUGACCAAUUUGCCGAGACCUGAAUACCACCGUCAAAAUUUUCUUGUUUUGUCUUCUAACCGCCGAAACCCUUGUUUAAAUUAUCAACCGUGAACUUAAAAAACAAACAAACACCGCGAACACUCCAUUUUUCCAUCCCGCGAAUUUAAAUCGACGUAAACAUUUCUCUUUUACAGUAAUUACUAGAUGGGGCCAGUUCGCCUCUUGAAAGUCGUUUUACAGUGAUUGGAUUGAAGCGCAUUAAAGGCUUCCCUUAACCGCAACCACAGAAUAAAUGAUAAAUAUAAAAUACAAAGACCAUAGCUUCGAAUUUUUCAUGUAUUCAUUUUUUGAUGUGGCUGUACAAAUACAUAAGGAA